AUGAGAUCUGCAGUCCCAUUACCGGAUUCAGCUGCAGUUCAUCAGGACUCUCAGUGCCCCGUCUGCCUCCAGAUUCCAUCUUUCCCUGUGAACACAAACUGUGGCCAUUUGUUCUGUGCUCCGUGUCUGAUCACCUACUGGAGACAUGGCUCAUGGUUGAAUGCAAUCAGCUGUCCUUUAUGCAGACAAAAGGUCAGUGUGCUCUGUCACUUAUUCAGUGAUAGUCGACUGGAUCACAAGUCGACAGAAGUUCUGGGAGAAAUCACAAGCUACAAUAGACGAUAUUCUGGAGCUCCAAAAACGAUAUCAGAAUACCUGGGGGACGCUCCUCUGAUGCUGCUGUUGGCUGCUCGGAGUCUGCGCACCAUGGGGGGUCUGCUUGGACUGUUUUUCUUCCGUGUGGCAUUGUGCUGUGUUGGGACACUUGUGUCCAACUUCUCUCCUCUGAAGCGCGUCCCUUCAACGGGGUCUGUGCCUGACCCGUCUUUGAGAGGGCUCCUCGGGGUUCUGGAUGAUCUGGUGGUGGUCUUCCUGUUACUGAUCUGCGUCAUUAAUGUCAACCAGCAGAUGGCGCCGCAGGACGAGCAGGCUGUGACAGCUCGCACAGCCGCAGAGCUCACUAUAGAGCCUGGUUUUAUUUAA